UCCCCUUGCUGCUUGCUUCAAGGGCGCGUGGUGACUGGGGGAAGAGAAAUGGGUUUAUCAAGCGUGGUUUGCGUAGUUUCACUUCUCUCAUACUUGGCGCUCGUCGAUGCACGCAUCCCGGGCGUUUUUGGCGGCGGGCCAUGGCAGAAUGCCCAUGCUACUUUCUACGGCGGUAGCGACGCCUCUGGAACUAUGGGUGGAGCAUGCGGUUACGGUAAUCUUUACAGCCAAGGAUACGGUGUGAACACAGCGGCAUUAAGCACUGCACUCUUCAACAACGGACUAAGCUGUGGUGCGUGCUUUGAGAUUAAGUGCGCUGAUGACCCUACGUGGUGCCACUCAGGCAGCCCUUCCAUCCUGAUUACGGCAACGAACUUUUGCCCACCUAACUAUGCCCUCCCAAGCGACAACGGUGGUUGGUGUAACCCUCCUCGUCCACACUUUGAUCUCGCCAUGCCCAUGUUUCUGAAGAUAGCAGAAUACCGUGCCGGAAUCGUUCCCGUCUCCUUUCGGAGGGUGCCAUGCAGGAAGAGGGGAGGGAUAAGAUUCACGAUCAACGGUUUCAGUUACUUCAACUUGGUGUUGGUCACGAAUGUUGCGGGAGCAGGAGACAUAGUGAAGGUGAGCGUGAAGGGAACAAAGACAGGGUGGUUGACUAUGAGCAGGAACUGGGGGCAGAACUGGCAAUCCAAUGCUGUUUUGGUGGGUCAGGCUCUCUCUUUUCGGGUCACCGGCAGCGAUCGUCGGACCUCCACCUCCUGGAACAUCGCUCCUGCAAAUUGGCAGUUCGGUCAAACCUUCAUGGGAAAGAAUUUCAGAGUCUGAUCCCUAUCAUCAUCUCACUUGCCAUUUCCAAUCCCACUCAAGCCCACUCAAGCCAAC